AUGAGUUAUGUCGAAUUUUUCAUUGAUCGAGGAGUACUGGGACUGACCAAAGAGGCUUCGCACACUGUCCUAGAGUACAGAGGAGAUCCGAUCAGUCCAGGGACGCGUUCCAAGUUCGACAGUUCGUCAAGCCUGGUAGUUCCCGUCAUGCCUCCUACUCUUAUAGGGGUCUGCAGACUACUUCAGAUCUACUACGUCCUAAAGGUAUGGGUUGAAAUGGAAAAAUCAGGCGAUGAUUUGCACAUGAACUUCCCUAUUACGAUAGCAACAUGUCCAUUCAGAAUUCCCAACUCCAACCAACAGCCAAAGAUUGAAUACGAGAUGUGCUGUGACCACGUCGAAGGUGGCAUGUACAUUGGUCCCGAAUUCCUACUUGGCCAAGUGUACGACGGUACACUGGGCUGUCCCGAAGAAGGGGAGACCGUUGUCCUCUACAGGCCAGUCUACGUCAGUGUGAAGAGCGGCAAGACGAGGACAGACCAAGGAUGUUCCACCAGAACGGACCAGGACACCCCCCGGUCACCCAGACCUCCCUCGGAGGGGACGACGACGACACAAGCAUGA